AUGGCUCCCGCCGCUAAGGCCGUGACGGUAUCAUUGCAGGAGCUCAAGGACGGGACAGUACCGUUCGAGACACUCUGCGAAGCCUUCGGGCCAGAGUCGCUGGGCAUCCUACUCGUCAAGGAUGUUCCUCCUGACUUCGGCCGGCUGAGACACCAUCUCCUCUCGUAUGCGUCGUAUCUUGGAAACCUACCCAAGUCACAGCUGGACAAGCUAGAGAAUGAAAAGGCAAAAUACCUUAUCGGCUGGGCCAAGGGCAAGGAGAAGCUCCGAGAUGGGCAAAUCGAUGACCGCAAGGGGUCCUUUUACGCAAAUUGUGCUUUCUACGUCGACCCAUCCCUGGACUGCGCCGUGCCAACAGGCCAGUUCAAUCCGGAGAGCUUCCCAGAGUACCUCGCGCCAAACAUCUGGCCAGGAGAAGAUACUCUACCGGGCUUUCGCGAGACCUUUGAGCAGCUAUGCCGCCUGAUCAUCGACGUAGCGGUGCUCGUCGCCCGUUCCUGCGACCGGUUUGCCGAGCGCGAGAUCGAGGGGUACCCAGCUGGCUACCUCGAGAAGAUGGUGAGCACGUCGACGACGACUAAGGCCCGGCUGUUGCACUACUACCCAGUCGAUCCGACCGGACAGCCAUCCCCGCUGUCCAUAUCAGACGCCGAAGCCAACGACGGCGCACCCGACCCGGAUGACUGGUGCACGACGCAUCUCGACCACGGUUGCCUGACUGGACUGACAUCAGCCAUGUUCGUCGACGAGUCCAAAUGGGACCCGACCAUCGCAGCGCCCGAGAUUGAUUCCGACACGCAAAGCCAGCGCCAGCUCCCUUUGAUGCCGCUCCCCGAGCUCGACGCCUCGCCGGACCCGGCAGCCGGACUGUACAUCAAGUCGCGGACCGGAGAAACGGUGCAGGUUCGCAUCCCCCGCGAUUGCAUCGCCUUCCAGACGGGAGAAGCGCUGGAGCGCAUCACAGGCGGGCGCUUCAAGGCCGUGCCGCACUUUGUGCGCGGGGUCCGCGCCGCGCUGAGCGAGGGCCGCAUCGCGCGCAACACGCUGGCCGUCUUUACCCAACCGAAUCUGGGUGAGGUGGUGGAUCGCGAGACAGGGCUGACGUUUGGGGAGUUUGCACGCCAGGUUGUCGAGAAGAAUACCGUCUAUUAG